AUGCAGACGAUCGACGUGCCUCAGAGCGCGUCGCUGUACAGAUAUAUCGAGAAAAAGGAUUUCGACACCGCCUACAGGGUUGCCUGCUUGGGUGUCACAGAGGCAGACUGGCGACUUCUCGCCCUGGACGCCCUGCAGAGCCUACGCUUCGACAUCGCCCGAAAGGCCUUCAUCCGGAUCAGGGAUGUCAGGUAUAUCGACCUGCUGAACCGAAUCACGCAGCAGUAUGGCCAGAAGUCGAGCCUUACCCAUGACGAGGAGAUGCUCGUGACAGCACAGGUGCUUGCCUUCCAGGGCAAGUAUGGUGAGGCUGCUCAGUACUACGGCCGAGCGCGUGCCUACCAUGCAGCAGUGGAGAUGUUCACCGAGCUGCGGAAGUGGGAAGAAGCCAAGCACUGGGCGCUUCAGGGGGAGAAGGCGGGACCGCCCAAGCCGCCGCCCGUGCACGUGGAGGACGCUCCGCCCGGGCCCGUCCACGAAGAGAAGGGGAUCUCCAUGGAUGGCCCCGUGCCACCACCGAUGCCACCUCCGCCACCGCAGGAAGAGUCCCUGGCGCAAGGCCUGAUCCUCAAGCAGGCGGAGUCCUCGGAGGAGGAUGGCGAGCUUCGGGCGGCGGGGGAGAUGUACCUCACGGCGGGGAAGCAUCGCAAGGCCGUGGAGAUCUUUGUGAAGAUCGCCGCCUUGGACAAUCUCAUCGAGGUGGUGCGGAUGCUGCCCAACACGGAGACGCAGCUACUGCAGAUGGCGGCAAAGGAUGGACCCCCGGGCGGCGACUUGACGAAGUCGCCGCUUCCCAGCCUCCGCUCCGGGCGCCUCACGGCGCGCCAGCGCCUGUCGCGGGACCUCGAGGACCUCCGCCCAAAGCUCGAGAGCGCCAAAGCACGCGCCCAGGAGCUCUCCAAGGUAGCCGCGGCCAAGCGCGCGGAGCUUGCAGACUUGGCGCUCCGCCGGACAGAGGCUGCGGAACAACUGGGCAGCCUUUCGCGCAGACAGCUGUCCGAGAUCCGGCAACUGUGCCGGAGUCCCCCGGACAAUGUGAAGAGGACGCUAGCAGCGGUCUGGCUGUUCUUGAAUGCCUCCAGAUUCCAGGGGAAGUCCCCGACCAGCUUCUUCGACGACCGCAAAGACUGGGUCAGAUGCCAGAAGAUGCUGGCAGAUGACUCCUUCAUCGGCCGGAUCCUCAACUACGACACGGCCGUCCUGACCUCGGUGCCCCACGUGAUGUCCCACGUUGCUGGCACCUACCUGGGCAUCUCCGAAGACCGGCGGCCCUCGGGCUCGGACGACUCCUCGAGCACGAGGCCGGAGAACCCGCCUCCGGAGUCGGCCGUGGGCGGGCGGAUGGCCUCGCGCGCCACGCUGCGCCGCACGCUGACCAAGGAGCUGCAGCUCCGAGAGCUCCUGGCCUCCAAGGGCGCCCCCCUGCCGCCCCUCGAUCUGCCCACGGUCGCACGCGCCAGCGAGCCCUGUGGGCGGCUGCUCCUUUGGAUGACCCGGGUCUUGGAAGAAGUGGGCCGCGGUGGCCUCUCGGUUGCAGCGUGGCAAAGCUCUGUGGCCGAAGCCUUUCCUUCCCUACGGGUCCAGGGAAUGACUUCUGGGUCUGGGUACCCCAGCACCUUCAGGGAACCAAUCGGUCGAGGUUGCCCCGAGGGAGCCGGAGCGGCGCUCGCCGAGGAAGCCACUGAGGGAGGUGGUCCUGCGGCCCGCUUCGAAGGCCAGUUAGCCUCAGCCGACACCUCGGUCAUGCUUUAUCUGAAGUUUGUGGUCUAG